UCGAAUGAGGUUCAAGUUUGAACGGGUUUGUUCUAGUCUCUGACCAAGCAUGCAACUCAGAGUCAAGUUCGAGCAUAGGGUGACGAUUUGACGAAUGCAUUACGUUUAGAUGCAGCAGCAUAUCGCGCUGUUUAUUGCGAGAACACUUUCGAUUUAAUUGUGUUUCGACUCUUUCACUGGGGAACUGUCAUGUCACGGUGAGAACGACGUUCUUUUUAUUUCUGGGUUUCGAUAGUAACACUUGUGCACUUGCACACUUGUGCAAUAAUGGAGAAGGAUUGCGGUAGAAACGAUCAAAAGCAAGACGUCAAGAAGACAGAGGUGUGUUUUGAAAGGACAUGUUCAGCACUAACUGUGGACGAUGUAUACGAAAUAGCUAAAUUGAUUGGCUCGGAAGUGGAAACACUUAUUGACGGCUACGGUAAAGAGAGCGCCACAGGACUGGUGCCUAAAAUUGUCAAAGUUCUAGAACUUUUGGAGAGCUUCGCAUCGCGGAACCAUGCUCACAAGUCAAAAGAAGAAGAAUUAUUUAAAGCGUUCGAAACACUUAAUGUACAGAAACAGAAGAAGACGAGAAAUGUGAAAGAAUGCGAAGAAAGCAAGAGCGAAAUACAACGGCAGGAGGUGCAGGAGGAGGCGGAGAAGCAGAGGAGGAGGUGCGAGGAGCUGCAGGCCCAGGUAUUGCAUCUACAGAUGGAGAAUCAGGAGUUACAGAGCUGCCUGAGGGGCAACCAUGUCCAGGAAGACCGUGUCCAACGGCAGGAGCGGGAGGUGAUGCUGAAACUGAAGGAGGUGGUUGACAAGCAGAGAGAUGAGUUGAGGGCCAAAGUACAGCAGAUAGGAAGCGUGUCUAAGGAGGUGGAGGCGCUGCAGGAGCAGUUGGAGCGCUUCAUGAAGAUGAAUGGGGAGCUGAGACACAAGCAGAGCAUCGUCACGGCCCAGGUGAAGAAUGCUGUGGAGAGGAAGGCUGACAUGGAGGCAGACCUCCGAGAGAAACAGAAAGAGAUAGAACGCCUCACCACCCAGCUGGAAAAAGCCAACACUGCUGCUGGCACGGCCAAUCCGUGUAAGACCGAAGUGGACCUGACUGACAAGCUCGUGAUAGACUUGAAGGAUCCCAACAGACCCUGUUUCACCAAGCAGGAGGUCAGAGAGAUGCUGGCAGAGAGGAACGAGCUCAAAGCCAACCUGUUCCUGGUGCAGGAGGAACUCUCCUACUACCAGAGGGAGAUCCUGAAUGAUGAGCGGUGUCCAGGCUUCUUGCUGGACGCUGUACGUUCUGCCAUAAAGAAACAGAAAACUGUCAUCAAGGCCAAGAUGUUGGGCAUGCCAGAGGACGAAUGCAGCAGUGAUGAGGAGAAAGGACCCCUGUUUGAGAGGAGAGCAGAGACAGAAACCGGGACAGACAACACUGACAGCAAACCACAAGAGUCUCGCAUCAGGAACCUCUUUGGCUUCCUGACCCGCUCCGGCAGCAACCACAGCAGCCGUAGUCCCGGUGAAAACAACGCUGCUUCUUCCUGGGAAAUCAUCGACGACACUGACAACACUGCGGAGACAGAACCCCGACAAUCACCAUGACACCCCUCAACACCCAACCAACUACACUUGUCCUCCAUUCUGUUCAGUUUUCACAGGAUGUUUCAUACUGGUUAGGUCUCCACAGCAGCCCUAAGAAAGGAAAAGCAUUCUCUCAUGCCUUCCUUCUUCAUUUGUUAUUACCCCCUUGUCCUUGCUCUGUAUACCUUUCUCUUCCUCUCUCUUCCUCUUUCUCUUCCUGUCUCUCUCUUCCUCUCUCUCUUCCUCUCUCUUUCUCUUCCUCUCUGUUUCUCUCAGGAAUAGGUUCAGAAUGGUGAAAUGGCCAACUGUACACGUUGCAUUGACAAUAACUGUGCAGGACAUUAUUAAGAGGGACUUUUUUUAAUGGAUAAUGCUUUUGUAAUUGUUUUAGUAUUUGUAUUCAACAUUAUAGUGAUGUGUAUGGUAUGUAACCAUCUACAACAAAUCUCUGUUGAAUCUCUGAAGCAAAUUUGUAUUGAGAUAUUUUAUCAAAUAUUUUUAGCCAAAGAUACCAAGAUAUAUUUUGAACGCAGCAAUCAUUAGUCAUUGCAGGAACACGUUUGUUCCACGGAGGGCAUUCUAACUAUUAACAACCAUGGUGGACUUCCAUGUGUUUAACAUUUUACCUAGUGUGGGUGUUUUUGGUGUGCUUUGUGGUUGCUGUAAUUCUUAAAAUCUGUCACUGUCUUGGACAUGGUGUGAGUUAUAGGAAACGUUUUGCAGUAAAGUAUACUGUGUGUUACUUCUGAGCCUGAAUGUAUUGCCGCAGAGUAACAGUCAUUUAUUGAUUAGACUUUACAUUCUUAACCAUCAGCUCAUCUUACAUUUUUGAUAGAGUCCUGUUAUGAGUUCAACCAUGUCUUCCCCAGGACCAUGAAUUGAGCAUUGGGGUUGGUUGUUAUGCAUGUGGCUGCCAAGUGUGCACACGCACACUUGUCUCUGUGUGUGUGUGUUUGUGUGUGUGUGUGUGUUGUAAGUUAGUUGCUGCACUUACAGAGGAAAUGUGUGUUUCCUUGGGGGUAAAUGGGAGAUGGUGUGUGUGUGCCGUCACUAUCCUUCCAUCUGACCAUGUCGUUAAACAAACACACACAGAAACACACACCUACAACAAUGGCUGCCCCUGCCCACUACCAUAACUUAUCGGUACUCAGACAUCUGACUCUGGCGUAGUUUUCUGACAUUCUAAAUGAAUGCUGCUGGUGAUUGUGUUGAAUGACGUAUUUUCCUACAAACUAUGUACAUGUUAUUUUUGUAAGCAUGACUAUUUUUAAACGGAGAAGCCUCUGAGCUACAAAAACCAAAUAAAUAUCUGAAUUUAUAUCA